AUGCAGGAGGACGAGCAUGAAAAGGAAAAGGAGGAGCAGCAUGAGGAAAAGGAGCCCCAGGAGCCCGAGGAAGCCGAGGAGCCACAGCCGUCGAAGCGACCCAAGAAAGGAGUUUGCCUUGUGACCACGGAGCAGAAGAAGUACUUGAAGUCGCUUAUCCUACACGGCCCCUCCUUUCGUGUCGAAGUGUAUUGGACUUGUGGGCAGCCCAAGUGUGGAGUACGCUGCAAACAGUCAGGGAAGUCAAUGUUUUGCUAUUCAUAUCCCUCCUUCACGGUUCUGAUCGAGCUAUGCAACGAGAUGGUGCAAUUCUUCGAGAAGACCCCGAAUGCGAAGUGGGAUCGAGUGAACUACAAAGCAAACUCGGUCUUGAUGAGCCUGCGACAGAAGUACAGAUCCGAGCUGAAAGACACGCCUCCGUUGGUGUAG